CACUGUUUUGUGUCCGUGUGGAAAACAGCAUCACUUGGAUCUGUACGGUGGAUUUGACAGCUGUAUUAUAAUUUAUCUUUAAAUAUUGUGUUGUUUAAAGGGUGUUGCUCUAUAAUGACAGUAUUGAGUGACUGUUAGCUGCAGAGACAAACAUUAAAAGCCGCUAUGAGGAUAACUAGCUAGCUAACUAGCCAGCUAACGUUAGCCAGUACGUUUAUGAUCAUGUCUGGACGUUUAACGCCUCAGACCCGUCAUUUUAAAGCUUUUAUUAAAGCGUUUCGACAGACGAACAGACCUAGAAGUGUCUCAGUCAGCUGUCCGUCUGAUGAGUAUAUCCGCAGGUUCAUUUCAGAGAACACAGAGGUCGUUGGAGAGCAGAGCCUGACCCCAGAGGUCAAACUCAGACUGUUCACCCCGAAGUGCAGGUUCUGGAGAGAGAGACCAGAGCUGUGGCCCUUUGAUGACCCGUACUGGGCCAUAUAUUGGCCAGGAGGACAAGCACUCUCGAGGUUUCUCCUGGAUAACCCUGCAGUGUGUCGGGGUAAGACAGUCCUGGAUCUGGGGAGCGGCUGUGGAGCCUCAGCCAUCGCUGCUAAACUGUCUGGUGCUGCUCAUGUAGUAGCUAAUGACAUAGACACUGUUGCAGCCGUUGCUACGCGCAUGAACUGCGAGGUGAACGGCCUGGAGCCGCCUGUUUGUCUGACUGAUAACAUGAUCGGUUCACCACUCGAGGGCUUUGACCUGAUCCUCCUGGGUGACAUGUUCUACGACGAGGCCCUCGCCACCAGCCUUCACAGCUGGCUGGACCUCUGCAUCAAAACCCACGGCACCAGAGUCCUGAUCGGAGAUCCGGGGAGAGCCCAGUUUGAGGAACACGGCAUCCGACGACUCCUGCGUCAGCUGGCUCAGUUUGAGCUGCCCGAGUCCGUCAGAGAGGAGAACUACGGUCUGACCUGCAGCAGUGUUUGGUGCUACCGUCCUGAACUCUGAGGACCGGAGAUGAUUCUCUGUGCCAUCCUGUUUGAAUGUGUCACAUGUACUCACCUGCAAAGGACUGUGUCAGGUGUUUGGUGAUGACUUUGCAGUUAUUUUCUGGGUCAGUCACUUGUCACUUGUUGCCUUACCAAAAACUUUCUCCUGAUAUUUACCAGGAUACCCAGGAUGCACUGAAUCAAUAUCACAAAAUCAUUACAUGCCAAUGUUUCAUUUCCUGUACUGCUGCUAUGAAAAUAUUAAUAGAAUUUACAUAAAGAAUUGAAUACA